UCCUCCGCAUCCUUCUCCUCCGCCGCACUCGCCUCUGGAUCUCCAGCUUCCACCGCCGAGCGUCUCCACCAAGCCAUCCGUCUCCUCGACUCGCAGCUCCGUCACGAUGUUGUCUCUCGCCACCCUGAAUUGCUCUCCCAGCUUUCUUCUCUCUCCCAAGCCGAGAUCUCUCUCUCCUCCCUUCGCUCUUCCGUCUCCUCUCUUCAGUCAUCUAUCCGCCGCGUCCGAUCAGAUCUAUCCGAGCCUGUGCGAUCGAUCCGAUCCAAAUCUGUUCAGCUAUCCAAUCUCCACUCCGCUGCCGAGUUACUCUCUCACUCGGUCCGUACGCUACGGCUCUCGAAGAAGCUUCGCGAUCUCACGGAUUCUUCGGAUCCAGAGAAAAUCGACCUCACGAAAGCUGCACAGCUCCAUUUCGAGAUCUUAACGAUGUGUAAAGAGUACGAUCUGUUCGGCAUUGACGUUAUCGACGAGGAAAUCAAGUUCGUCAACGAGAUUGGGGAGAAAUUGAGAUCUGAGGCGAUGAAGGUGUUGGAGAGAGGCAUGGAAGGGUUGAAUCAGGCGGAAGUGGGAACUGGAUUGCAGGUUUUCUAUAACCUUGGAGAGCUGAAGCAUACGGUGGAUCAAUUGGUGAACAAGUACAAGGGCAUGGCCGUGAAGAGUGUGAGCGUUGCUAUGGAUAUGAAAGCGAUUUCUUCUGGCUCGGGUGGUGGGUUUGGUCCGGGAGGGAUUAGGUCUAGCGGAGCACCGCACAUUGGCGGUGGGGCUAAGACUAGGGACGCGAUGUGGCAGAGGAUGGCGAGCUGUAUGGAGCAGUUGAAUUCACUUGUUGUCGCUGUGUGGCACUUGCAGCGUGUACUGUCGAAGAAGAGAGAUCCAUUUACGCAUGUCCUUCUUCUUGAUGAAGUCAUCAAGGAAGGUGAUUCUAUGUUAACCGACAGAGUCUGGGAUGCACUUGUGAAGGCGUUUACUAGCCAAAUGAAGUCUGCAUUCACAGCUUCGAGUUUUGUAAAAGAAAUAUUCACCGUGGGAUAUCCGAAGCUCGUGUUUAUGAUUGAAAAUCUUCUUGAAAGAAUAUCUCGCGACACCGAUGUGAAAGGAGUGUUACCUGCCAUUGAUUCAGAAAGGAAAGAACAAAUGGUUUCAUGCAUUGCAAUAUUCCAGACUGCUUUCUUAUCACUAUGCUUUGGCCGGUUGUCAGAUCUUGUGAACUCGAUAUUCCCUAUGUCUAGCCGCGGGAGUUUACCUUCGAAAGAACAGAUCUCACAGGUACUAUCACACAUUCAAGAAGAGAUUGAGGCUGUUCAUCCAGAUGGUCGUUUGACUCUUCUAGUCUUGCGUGAGAUAGGCAAGGCCCUUAGUAACCUAGCUCAACGAGCUGAGUGCCAGAUUUCUACAGGCCCUGAGACGCGCCAGAUAACAGGUCCUGCAACUUCAACACAGAUCAGGAACUUCACAUUAUGUCAGCAUCUGCAAGGAAUCCACACGCAUAUCUCAUCCAUGGUAGCAGACCUACCCAGUAUCGCUUCUGAUGUAUUGUCUCAUUGUCUGAGUGCGAUAUAUGUUGCGGCAUGCGACCCAGUUACACCAUUGUUCAAAGCAAUGCAAGACCAGCUCGAGUCAUGCAUUCUUCAAAUCCAUGACCAAAACUUUGGUGUUGACGACGCUGCCUUGGACAACAACACCUCCCCGUACAUGGAGGAGUUGCAGAGAUCGAUUCUUCACUUCCGCAAGGAGUUCCUAUCAAGACUAUUGCCUUCCGCAGCAACGGCUAACACUGCAGGGACAGAAUCAAUCUGCACUAGACUCGCAAGAGAAAUGGCUUCAAGGGUUCUGAUCUUCUACAUCAGGCACGCUUCCCUUGUGCGGCCACUAUCAGAAUGGGGAAAACUCAGGAUGGCUAGAGACAUGGCCGAGCUGGAACUAGCGGUAGGACAGAAUCUGUUCCCUGUGGAACAACUCGGUGCACCGUACAGAGCUCUCAGAGCAUUUAGGCCACUGGUUUUCCUGGAAACAUCUCAAGUUGGAUCAUCCCCUCUGAUCCAGGAUCUACCACCGAGCAUCGUUCUCCAUCAUCUCUACACGAGAGGCCCAGAUGAGUUAGAGACACCGAUGCAGAAGAACAGAUUGAGUCCUAAGCAGUACUCACUGUGGCUUGAUAGCCAAGGAGAGGAUCAGAUCUGGAAAGGGAUAAAAGCGACUUUGGAUGACUAUGCAGUGAAGAUCAGGUCGAGAGGUGACAAAGAGUUCAGUCCAGUUUAUCCUCUAAUGCUUCAAAUUGGAUCGUCUUUGACACAAUAAGUCUUUUUUUCAAGGCUUUUUGAGUUCUCUGGCUGGUCGAAUCAAUAAUAUUUUUUUGUUGUCUCAAGGAGUUUUCUACAGUUUAUAGCGACCAUAUCUCACAAAUAUGUCAUGUAAAUUCAGAUUCAUACAUCAUGCCAUGGUUUGGUGUGUUUCAGUAGAAGAGUUUUUGUUUUGUUUGAA